UCUCUAUCGCUUGACGUUGAACAUCACCACAUUGGUAUGUUUUGCAGUCAUUCAGGCUCCGUGCGUGUACUAUCUCGUGUGGGACUCCAAAAUGUCGCUACGUUGUCAUCGUCAGCGGUGUUGCGCUCAGCACAACCUAACCCCUCUGUGCCGUUGGAUCCUACUUUGAAAACGCUGCUACAAGGUGUAGAUUUGUCGGUGUCCGGUUACAAGAAGACAACUGCAGGCAACGUCAGCUCGAGAACGCUUCGUGAACUCGAACCAUUUCAGGAUGAACAUGGAGAUGUGGCAUACCAUGGCAUGGACGACGAACGAAGCGUGUUGGGCGAGUCUGUGCAGGGAAGAGAAGACAGAAAAUCACCCGCAGCUCGAUUUGGGAGCAGCGGUAUUGGGGCUGUUAUCCUACCUGUGGAGCUGCAGCGAGCCAUUGUCUCACUCAUUGAUGAUUCGGACAAGUCGCAGCUCCAUAGUGAUGCUAAGCGCCUCUUCUUAGAUGAAAUCGGAGCGAGAAGCAGCUGGGAUGUAGCUUACGACGUGAAAUACAAAUCCCGGAAGCAGAGCUAUCGGCAUGCUACGCGUGAUGCCACCGCAUUUUCCUCUGUCAUCCUUCCACUUCACUACUCUGCCAUCUACGCAGUGUUCCAUCAUCUUAAACACAGGCUGGGACCGACGUGGAAUGUACAAAGGGUGAUCGAUUGGGGUUCUGGGACAGGAAGCGGACUUUGGGCAGCGUUGAAUGCCUUCCGAAAAGAUCCAACUUUUGAGGAAGCUGGUUCCCUUGUGUCUAAUUCAAGCAUUACCUCCUACGUCGGUAUUGACAAGCGUGAGGGUCUCGUUGGCAUUGGGAAGCGAUUACUUCAAAGAGCGGGGUCGGGUUCACUAAGUGUGACUUGGCGAAAGGCAUUUCAUGAAUCGGACCGUGUCAACCGUGCUGACGGCCAGAACACGGUUGCCCUUUCAGCGUUUAUGCUCUCCUCGCAGCCAUCACAGCUCUCCAAGAAGCAAAUGGUCAAAGACAUGUGGGAAAGUGGAGCACAUACCAUUAUCCUGGUUGACUUCAACACCAAAGCCGGCUUUGAGAAUAUAGCAGAAGCAAGACAGCUCUUGCUCGACCUUGGGUGCAAAGAUCUGCAGGAUCCACGAUCCCAACAUUUGUCUUUUCGUGGAUCGCACGUUGUUGCGCCUUGUCCGCACGAUCGUCCCUGCCCCCUCUAUCAGCUUGGUGCCUCCCGCCUUACAUGCGGGUUUUCGCAGCGUUUACAGAGCCCUUCGUUCCUCCGACGCACCAAGCACGUGAAAGAGGGCUAUGAGGACAUAGGAUAUUCAUACAUUGUUGUGCAAAGGGGUGCGCGGCCAGACAUCGUUGCAGAACCUGUGGGGAGAGUCGGCGCAGUGGGAAAGGAAGCAAUGGAACGUGCACGCACUGCUAGGUUAAGGGAACUUAAACGGGCAGAUGAACGUCAACACACCGCCCAAUCGGCGUCGACGGUUGACGUCGAGACCGAAAAUCAGAAGUUGCAAGUCCAAUCAGGCACUCUUCCUAUGGGGCCUAACACCGCUGCACCUGUUUCCGGCCAGGCGAAUGUAGCUGAUGCCGAUGCCAUUGAUGCUGCGACGACCACCAGUUUUCCUCAUGGUGAUGAGGACCUACCACCGAAUCCGGUGCGAGCACAGAUUUCGACGGCGGACCUUGAAGAGACAUUGAGGCGUGAGGCAUACAGAUGGCCACGACUCGUGUUCCCUCCACUGAAGAAGAGCGGUCAUAUCAUUAUUGACGCGUGCACAGCAGAAGGGAAAAUCAUGCGCCUCACGAUCCCGAAAUCACAAGGAAAGCAAGCGUUUUAUGAUGCUCGAAAGUCAUCCUGGGGUGACCUCUUUCCUCACCCGCCCAAAAAUAAGCCCGUAGAACGGUUCCAGUCGGCGCAAUCUGGCCACGGAGAUGGUCCAGUGCGAGGGGAUGACAUAGGGAAGAGGGCGAAGAGUCGUGACAAGCAAAGGAAAGCGGAAGGAAGGAGCUAUGAGGCAAUAGACGCCAAAAUUCGGGAAGAGAAGCGGAAAGCAUCCAGGAAGGAGCUGGCUACUGAGAAAAGGCUUGCUGAAGACCUGGACAUACCCUACUGACGAUUGCUCGUGUCUGCAUUGCGACACUGUACACUCGGUCCUUUCUACUCUUCACUCACUUUUUAGUUUCAUUACGACAAGUUUGCAUCGUCACGGCGUUCCAGUGCUACUCAAGUAUCUUAAGGCUGUUACGCUAUGAUUAGACCAUUUCCCUUGCUUAGUUUAUGAUAUUGAGGAAAUUUCUAGCAUCGAAAGUACAGCCAAGACCAGUGCUGCUGACCUCUGCGGGUUGAUCAAAGAUCUCUUAUUUGUAUCCCCGGCCCUUGCGAAGAACUGAGGAGAAUGCGAGUGAUGGCGUUCACUGUGCAUUCUCGGUCAGUAUUCUAUAUAUAAAAACAGACAGAAAUUGUCGGAAGGGAAGAAGACUUCAACGGCGAAGUUGUGGAAACAGUAAGAAGUGACUGAACCGCAUUGCCCCGUUUGCUGGCGGAUGGCUGUGUAUAAGUUUCAUAGUGAAGCAGACCUACC